ACUUGACAUGGCAUUUGAAAUGUUGUGGUGAUACAGAUGAGGCGCAUGUGCAAACUUAAGAGUACCAUAGGGAAUAAAAAUCAUGUCGAGGCAUCAAUUGUUGAGGCAUCAAUUGUUGAGGCAUUUAUAUUAUACGAGAUAUCCCACUUCUGCUCUCGUUAUUUUGGGGAUGAUGUUGAGACAAGCUGGAAUCAGCAUCCAAGGAACUAUGGUGGCAUUGGAACCAACGUCCCAAACCAAGGAAUACGUGUCAAUGUUGAACAUGGAAUUGUUGAUGUCAAUCCAAGGUUUAAACUUUCAAUGACGGAGCCAUUUUGCCUUGCUGGUCAAGCACAACAAGUUUAUUAUACUCCAUAUUCGGCAACCACAGAUAGAACUACCCGGGGAUGGUUGGCAGCAUGCAAAAUCAAAUCUAGACAUCUAAUUGAGACCUCAUCUACCUCAUCUUCAGGAGAGGUUGAUGAUAUUUUUCAAGAUGAUGACCCCUCCAUAAUGCAAGGUUCUUCAUUUGCUAUAGAUUUAACUGCAUACCAAUCACUUCAACUAUGUGCAGAAGGUGUUACAGAGUUGAGGUUGAUGCUACAUCUAAAGAAGAGGAGGACUAUGGAGAAGAAAAAGAUUCAGAAUCCUCAGGAAAUAGUGAUAAUGUUGAGGAUGAUGAUGAUAACACUUUACCAAUGGGAUCCUACAGAUAAUCGCCAUGUGCGAGAUGCAUUCCUAAAUUGUAUGAAACAUAGAUGGAGUGACAAUAUCAGGGAUGAGAAGUUGAAAUGGGACAAGAACUCAACCUAUGUCCCAUGUUGGAUCCCAACUCAUAUAUGGCCUCAGCUGCUGACAUAUUGGGACUCUAAUGAAUAUAAGAGGCUCAGUGCAACGGGAGCAGAGAAUAGGAGCUCUGAGGAAAGGGUGACUCACACCAUUGGGUCCAUUAGCUUUGGCAUCCAUGAGAUGCGGAUGGAGAAAUUCAAGGAGACGCACACCUUCAGAAAAAAGGCGGGAAAGGAUCAAGAGCCACCGUGGAUCAAUGAAAAACCAAAGUAUCGAUAUGUAAAGUGCACAGAGAGUCAUGGCUCUGAUGCUAGUUCAUGGCCAUGCAUGGAUAACGAGGCAUGGGUUAAGGCUAUUGGAGGUUGCUCAUCUAAGGUCAUGCUAGGGAUUGGCUCCCAAGUAAAUCCAAAGAUGGUUGGUUUUACUUACAAGAAGAGACAGCCCCAAGAAAACUUAAUAGCAGCACUGAUGGCGUCUAACUAUGAGGAGAUACAGGCAAAAGAUCAUGAGGAGUUAGAAAGACAACGCCAACAAAUUGCUUUGAUGCAACAGCAGCUAGCCAAUAUGACAAAAGCUUAGAACAAUAUGAGCCAGACAAUCGCACAGUCUGUUGUAGUAGCUCUAGCCACUCAUGGCAUCUCCCUUUAAGCAAGUCAUCAUCCAGUUGCCCCACCACAACCAUCACAGGGUCCUGGCUCAGGUCUUCACAUAAAUUCAGCUUUCACCU